AUCAUAAACUAGUUUGAUCGGAGAUCAGUAUUGAUUGAGCAAGUCACGGCGACACAUCUUGAGAUUAACAGGAGAGGAAACUAAAGGGUUGAUUGGCGCCUUCGAAAUGUUACAUUCAUCGGCAAGAAGUUGGACCAUUCUGUCACUGUUAAUCGUCGUUACUUGGUGUGGCAGCUGCUGGAGUCUGGAAUGUUACCAAUGCGGCGGGCCACGGGGCUGUUCCGGUUUCGAGUCACACGCCUUUGUAACGUGCGAUGCGGUCAAUUCGGCGAAAACCUUCCAGCGAUUGCGACCACUUUUUCCGGAAAUGAGUUCCGAUUCGCUAUCGAGCAGCGAAUUUCGAUGCGUUUCUGUACGGGUUAGACCACUAGGCAGCUAUCAAGAUCUGUUCAAUGUGAGGGGUUGCAUACGUGACCUGGAAGGGCUUUGCGCGCAGAAAACGGCAGAUGUCAGCGGGGAACGUUGGUGCACGAGCUGUGACACGGAUCGUUGCAACAACAGUGCUGGCGGUUCCCGGUUGUUGUCCUUUUUCGGUGUCGGAAUCAGUUUAUUGACGCUGGUGGGUGGAUGGCUGUUGAUGUAAAUCGGAACGCUUCAGUCGGAUUCGAAACAAACAACUAGCGGAGCGCCGCCGAGUGAUCGAUGUGGUGCUUUAAUAGCGUUGAACUAUAAUUACAUGACAGUGAUGUGAUAAAAUAA